AUAUAUGGCAUGCGCAGCCGGAAGCAUUUAUAGCACAUUCAUGCAAACUCACUGCUUUGGGACAAUAUAAGUAAACAAAAUCGUUAUGAGUUCUAUAGGAACAGGGUAUGAUUUAUCAGCAUCCCAGUUUUCCCCAGAUGGCAGAGUAUUUCAAGUAGAAUAUGCUCAGAAAGCAGUGGAAAAUAGUGGCACUGCUGUGGCAAUUCGAGGGAAAGAUGGAGUAGUUUUUGCAGUAGAGAAGAUAGUAGCUUCCAAGCUGUAUGAAAAAGGGGCAAAUAAGAGGAUAGUCAGCAUUGAUUCACAUGUAGGAAUGGCAGUGGCAGGAUUACUAGCAGAUGCCAGGAAUAUUGUAGAAGUUGGCAGAGAAGAGGCAGCUAGUUACAGAUCAAACUUUGGGGUCCCCAUUCCACUCAAGAUGUUAGCUGAUCGUGUAGCUGGGUAUGUUCAUGCCCACACAUUAACUAGCUCAGUACGGCCAUUUGGUUGCAGUGUUAUAUUUGGAUCAUAUGAAGAAGGUGGACCACAGCUUUAUCUGAUUGAUCCAUCAGGAGUGACAUUUGGUUACCAUGGCUGUGCUAUUGGGAAAGCAAAACAGGCUGCAAAAACUGAGGUUGAGAAACUAAAAAUGCAGGAAAUGACAUGCAGAGAGCUGAUAAAAGAAGCAGCAAAAAUUAUCUACAUAGUCCACGAUGAAGUUAAAGAUAAAAACUUUGAACUUGAACUAAGUUGGGUAGGAGAGGUAUCUGGUGGUAAACAUCAACUUGUGCCCAAUGAGGUGUUUGUGGAAGCAGAAAAAUAUGCUAAGGAAUCUAUGGAAGAGUCUGAUGAAUCUGAUGACGAGGACAUGUGAUGAUCUUUCACCUUAAAUCACUGAUGGCAAACUUUAACAGGACAAUUAGCAUUCGUACAUUGACAUCCAAUGCUAUUUAUAAGAGAACAAUGUCAGUUUGGAUAGAUGGCACAUGUGAUGUAGAAAUGUAAGAACUGCUGCUUUCUGUUUUGAAUAUAUCAUCACAUUCCACUACUUGCCAAAGAUAAUGACACUUCAAAAAGUACACUUUCAAAUGUCAGCUUCUAAGAACCACAAUUUUUCAUUGUUUGCAUCUGUACUUUCCCAUACCUUUCCCAUACCAUAUUUGAGCAUUUUUCUUGGAAUGUAAUGCAAGGCCAGACGCCGAGUUGCUGAGUUUCAUAUUGGUAAGAAUAUAUUUUCAACAGUGGUCAGAAGUCAGAGCCAUAUAUUUAUGACUAAAAAAAAAGCAAGAUAUGGAAAAUAAGGCAAUUUUAUAGAAAAAAAAAUGUACCUACAGCAUUGCACAUGUUUGACUUAGAGGAUGGAUGCCAUCUUAUGUGAGGACAUGUAUCCAGUAUAUGUCAACUAUUGAAUAUUAAAAAAUUGGCUUGUGUUGUAUGCUGGAUAGUGUCAUCUGUGUAUUUUCUAGCAUAUUUGGCUUUGUGACUGUGAGAAUAUUGUAUUGGUUUUAUUGGAAGAGAACUAUUUAAACAUAUGGUAUUAAGUCAUUCUGCACGUUCUUUGUUCCCUUUGGAAAGAUGGCAGCAGGAUUGACUUGCUAAGAAGCAGUGAUUAGUUAUAAAGAGCAAAAUAAAAAGGUUUUUUUGAGAAAGUGAACUCACAACAGAAAUCGAUUGGAUGUAGAUCUACAGCAAAGCAUUUCUCAAAUGUGUUGAAUAAAUACUUUAUAUGGAUGAUUG